AUGUUAAGAACUGGUGCUUUUAGGGUAACAUCUACGACUAUAUAUAGAUCAAUUAUGCACUCAAUUUCCCCACCAAGAUUCAAAACAAGCGAGCAAUUGGCCAACUAUCUUCAUAAGAAGACUAACAUGCCUAAGGAUUUAUGUCUAGAAUAUGCAAUGUUUACUGAAGGUGGUUAUAAGAGAAUAGGAAUUCAAGAAACUUUGGAGAAACUUGUCAAGCAACGGGAAAAAGAAAUAGUAAGAUAUGCGAACGGCAACGGAAUAUCAGUGGGAAUAAUACCAACAGGUGGCAUAUUUUUUGUAUAUGGUGCAGCAGGAAAUUCCGUAGAUGGGCAACUGGUAAUGUGUGAUGCUGGUUAUAAAGUGGGCAAUCAUUUUACAGGAGUCAAUGUAUGCUUAAGCGAAAUAGAUAAGGAUAAGAUAGUGUUACGUAAAGUUGCAAGUGGUCUGCGAACUAAUACGAUUAGUUUUUCAACUCUUGACUUACCUAUUUAUCUUGAAAAAUCAAGAAAAGAUAAUAAUUCGUCUCCAAGAGAGUUGUUCUUCAGAGCCGUAGAAGAAAAUGAUAUCAAGGCUAUUGAAGAACUUAUUAAGGAAAAACAGGUGGAAGUAAGUGCUUGUGAUGACUUUGGUAAUAGUGCUCUUCAUUAUGCAUUACUUGAAGCAAAUAUUAAAGUUAUUGACAAACUUUUAGAAUUAGGAGCAAAGGUGAACAUUAUAAAUAAAGGAGGUUUUUCUCCACUACACAUAGCCGUUACUAAAAGUAAAGAAAAUCCUGAAUAUAGAGAGAUAGCCAAAAAACUUUUAGUUAAUGGUGCUAAUCCUAAUCUCUCCAAAAAUGGUGAUACUCCACUCCACAAUGCAGCCACGCAAGGUGAUUUAGAAUCAUUAAAAUUACUUCAAGAAUCAAUAGUUAUUGAUACAGAUUCUAAAAAUAUUUCUGCGGUUCGGAAUUUGUUUCUUCAAAAGGAUUCUUCUUAUGCUCAACGUUAUGAUAAUUUUGUAAAAGAAAUUUACUUAGAAAGGUUAAAAUUAAAAGAACAAAAGACAGAAAAAGAACAACAAUUAGAAAACAUACUUAGUCGUAUAAAAGACAUCAAUCGAAAAGUAAUUCAAAUUUUGCAAGACAAUUAUAAACAAUUAAUCCUUGCCCAACAAAAUAAUGACCAAACCAAGAUAAAAAUAAGCCAAGAUAAGAUUGAAAAAAUUAAGCAAAACUUUUUAAAAGACAAAAUACCUUUGGAGAGUUUACGCAUUAACAGAGUACAGGAGAUUUGCCAACUUUGUGAAGAAAUUGUGAAAUUAAGUUUACAACAACAAGUGGAUGAGCAGGUGGAAGCUCAAAUCCAAAUCCCGUCUAAAUAA